UUAAUCAAAACAUUAUAAGCAGGAAUAAUAUUAUAAGCGACUCUUUACGAUAUUAAGCAACAAAUUUUUUGCUAUUUGCGGCAACUGAAUUGCGGUAUAUAAUUGCUGCUAUGGCUUUGCCCCCUUUUGAACCACCUGAUGAAGAAUUCCCGUUCCACAGAAAUGGAUUUUGUGAACCUCCUUUUCAGCCCUGUUAUGUGCUCUUCUUCAACACCACAAAUCGCCAUAUCAAAUUGUUUUGGUUCGACAACAACGAGACUAAAUAUCAUACCUCAUUAGCGCCAGGCCAUCACGUCAAAACCAAUACCUUCACCCAUCAUCCUUGGAUAUUUUGUGAUGAGGAUAGUAACGAAUUAAUGAGUGUGAAUAACCUACCUAGAUAUUGGCCAAUCCCAUACAAAAUGCGCAAUCCAAAUAAUCCCGCACGUAUGGUGCCUUGCCGCAAAGAGAUCAGAAUACAAUACCCUUUACGAACUUUACGCGAAAGUUGUCUUUGCCGAAUUGUAAAUACGUUGAAUCCAUUGCAUCCAAUAGCGGCGGUUAAGAUAAUUGAUGAACGUAUGUCCGUACCACAUAUUUUGAAAAAAGAACUAAAACGGCGUUUAAGACGGCCACUGGGGACCGAACCAAUCAAUGAGCAGUGGGAGGAUAGCAUAGUUGUAAAAUAUAAUAUACCAAGAAAUCAAUAGAUUUUAGUCUGAUAAACAAUUUGUUUAUAGUUAAUAUAUAUAUGUAUGCAUGUGUACUCUAAAGUUCCUAAAAGCAUUAAAGUGUUUCGCUUUUAAGAUUUUAUACACUCUAUACAUAUAUGUAUGUAUGUAUCUUACCAAUUGAUUUUCUACUGGUUUAGCUCAUAACUACCGCUAAUGUACGUAUAAAUUCUAAGGUCGUAUUUUAUAAAAUAAAAACAAAUGUAAUCAUAUAUA